AUGUCGCUUAUUAGUGCUUUACCAUCAUUAUCCUAUCGUUUAAAUCCAUUUCUAAGUGAUAUUAAUUUUAAAAAAUCAUGUGAAACUGUUCUUAAAAAAAGUAAAAGUAUUAAUAAACGUGUUCUUAGCAAUAUUCUUGCUAAUGAUAAUCCAGAAAAACCAUUUAUUAACGAUGAUAAACAUAUAUAUAUAUGGUAUUUAGCCAUUGGUAGUAUGAUUAAUCCAAUAUCAUUGUAUUUACGUGAUCUAACACCAGUUAUUUCUUAUCCUGCUAAAUGUCCUAAUUAUAGAUUGGUUUUUCGAGAUUGUGGAAUGGCUGAUAUUCAGUUUUGUGAAGAUGAAGAAUUUCAUGGAGUUGUACAUUUAUUACCUAUCAAACAAAUGUUUUAUUUAGAUCAACUUGAACAUAUGUAUAAACGUAUUACAGUUGAUAUAAAUGAUUAUCAAGAAUGUUCUCAUCAUGUUUAUGUUUAUAAAAUGAAUUUAAUUGGACAAGAAGAAAGACCUAUAAAUAUACCAUCAGAACGCUAUCUAGAUCUUAUUGUUAAAGGUUGUGAACAUUUUGGUGUUAAUUCUGUAUAUAUUAAUCGUUUAAAAUAUGAACAACCAGUUAUUCCUCGAAAAUUACCUACAACAUAUGAAACUAUUAAUAAUAUACCCGAUAAUAUUUAUUAUACAGAUGAAGAUCUUUUAAAACAUAAUGGAAAAGAUCCAAUGUUUUCUUUAUGGAUUAGUGUUAAUGGAAAAAUAUUAGAAUAUACAGGUUUACCAUCAAAUGAUCAUCCAGAUUAUGAAAAUCAAAAACAAUUCUAUGAAUUUGUUUUGUCACAUUUUGCUGGACGAGAAGUUACUCAUGCUAUAUCAAAAGCAUGGUAUGAACCAAUGUACAAAUUGCCAUUGGAUGAUGAUGAUUUAUGUGAUGAACAUCGUGCUUUAGCUGAAGAUAUGUGUGUUUCCUGGGGUCUUGAUAAUAGUAGAAAGAAUAAUGAAUCAUAUUGGAGACCAGUUGGAAGACUUUGUCAAACAUUGAAAAGAAGUGAACUUUGA